AUGUUCACGCUCAGCGCCGCCCGCGUCGCCCCGCGCGCGGUGGUGUCCGCGAAGACGCGCGCCGCGAAGCGCUCGGUCGUCGCCAUGUCGUCCAAGGGUAACCCGGUGUCCACCGGCUACGCCGCCGCGUUGGUCGACGCGUGCAAGAGCUCGGGCGCGCUCGAGCAAGUGCACGCCGACAUGGAAACGCUCGACGCGUACGUGAAGGCGAACGCCUCCGUGCAAGGUUUCUUGUCCAACCCGACGAUUGUCCCGGAGAAGAAGAAGGAAAUUUUGAAGAAGAUCGGCAAGGAGGCUGGCUUCCACAACUUUACCUCCAACUUCUUGAACCUGUUGGUGGACAAGCGCCGCGAGAACCAAAUCGAGUCCAUCAUCGCCGAGUUCGAACUCUUGUUCUGCGACGCCACGGACACGCAAGUCGCCACGGUGACCUCCGCUGUGAAGCUCGAAAACGAGCAACAAUUCAUGAUUGCGAAGAAGUUGCAAGAGAUGACGGGCGCGAAGAACAUCAAGCUCAAGCCUGAAGUCGACGAGUCCCUCCUCGGUGGUUUCGUCGUGCAGUACGGCAAGGAUGGCUCUGGCUUCAUCGACAUGUCCGUCAAGGGCCAAGUCGACAAGCUCGCCCAAGUCUUCAUGGCUUAA